CAUAAGUGGCCUCCGAGCCAUACCUGGUUCACGAUCGGGCCGACUGGCUCGGUGACCAGGAUGGCUCGGUGGCCAUAAUCGGGGGUGGCGGCCCGCGAGCCCUCCCUCUUUCUCUCGUUGAGAGGGGGGAGGGCUAUGUGGCCGCGAGAUGGGGCGAGACGGUGGUGAUAGGGGUGUAUGCCCCCCCGAGCCGCCGCCUCGCCCAGUUCGAGGAAAUGCUAGAGAGGAUGGGGCUGGUCGUCGACCGGUCCCGCCCCUCACCAACGAUAGUCGCCGGGGAUUUCAAUGCCAAGCUGGAGGAAUGCGGAUCCCCGGCGACGUGUUUAAGAGGGGACUCCCUGGGGAAUUGGGCCCUGGAACUAGGGCUCAAUUUCCUAAACAGGGGGUCUGCGGACACCUGCGUGAGGCACAACGGGGGCUCCAUAGUGGAUUUCACCCUUGGAUGUCCCCGGGCCUCGCGCAUGGUGUCCGGAUGGAAAGUGCUGGAGGGGGAGGAGACAUUGUCGGAUCACCGGUAUAUCCGGUUCCGAGUCUCCGAUCCCUCCAGCGGCCGUCAGCGGCUCGCGAAGCGGACGAGCAGAAUGCUGGCGGCGAGAGGGGGGGCCAGAUGCCGUGCCGCUGGGCCAUCGGGAAGCUCAAUGUUGACUCCCUGA